AUGCAAUAAAUUGACAACCUGGAAUAUGUCGAUUAAGUCAACUCUUGGCUUGAUUUGUCCAAUUUGCUCAUCAAAUUGGCUCCAAAUCAAUAGAAACAGUUCACUAAGGAAUUGAGGGACAAACUCAAAAGCGGAAACUAUUUAAAGCCAGCUCCCAUUUAAAAAAUGGUGUUACCCUUUCUUUUGCAAGAGAAAACAGAGGAAAGAUUUGUGUAUAUCAAAUCACCCACAGGUACAGGCAAAACACUAGCUUUCAUAUUGCCAAUAAUAUUUUUCUUCGAUUAAGAUUAUAUACAAUAAUAUUACUAGGCACAAUAGGAUGGGCCUGUUCAAUAUUAUCCAUAUGCCAUUAUUUUGGUUGCAACUCAUGCUCUCUUAGCUUAAAUCUAAAAAGACUUUAUAGGCGCGACUCCGGACAUCUUGUUGAAAUAGGGAUUUAAAGUCCAACAUUUUGAUAAAGGUCAGGAUGAAAGUAUAAUAAUGGGCCAUGUUAUUUGUGGAGUCCCAUAAACAAUUCUAAAACUCAUACAAAAAAAAACAAUCAACCUGAAAAAUGUGAGAUUCAUUGUGGUUGAUGAAGCAGACAACACAAUAUUGAAUGAUAAGAGUCAGAAGGUAAUCUAAAUAAUCUCUAAAUUUUUGGAAUCUAACAAUUUGAGAUGGAAAAUCAUAUCUUGUGGUGCAACUAUGGAGGUUAAUGAAUUAAAAUCCCUAUUCAUCAAAUCAUUAGGAGAGAAGAAGCAGGGUGACGAAGAGUUCUUUAAAUUUAAAUACUUCGAUUUUCAAAUCACUCUCGAUAACAUAUAUCACUAUUAUGAUGGUUCUACUGAUAGAGAAGAGGAUAUGUUGAAAAAAAUGGUUUCUGUUAUCAAGGAUACGUUUACAACAUUUGCAGAAGCAUAAAUUAUGAUAUUUUUCAAUGCCAAAUCAAAAUGUCAUGAAACAAAAUAAUUACUCAUGAAUGACCCUUAACUAAAGUUUCUGGUUGAAGGAAAUUGUCUAUGUGAGAUAAUUUAAGACAAUAUCUAGGAUUAUGGUGGUGCUGAAGAAAUGAGGAAAGCUUAACAAAAAAUAGUUGAUGAUUUUAAGAAUGGUGUCUACAAAAUAAUGUUCUGUUCAGAUUUGAUGGGUAGAGGAAUGAACUUUAGAAAGGUCAGAUUGGUCAUUAAUUAUGGAGCUCCUAGAGUCAAGCCUGAUGGUGAAUUUGAUCUUAGAAGGUAUAAUCAAAGAGUUGGGAGAACUGGAAGAAUGGAAGAUCUAGGGGUUGCUUUAACACUUUUAAAAUUGUCUAGUAAAUCGUUAAAUUCAGACAUUCCUGAGGUAAAGUUUACUGACUUUUUGCAAUCCGAAAUUCCUGGAUUAAUUUUAAAGAAGUAUGAGACAACUGAUUUUUUCAAAUAACUAAAAGAAGUGUAUACAAAAACAUAGCAAAAAUAGAAAUGA